UAAAACCGAGUGCUCCUUCUGGGAUCUCAACACCAAUCCAAUUUCUCUCUUUCUUUCUCUCUCUAUUCUGAUAAUUCAUGAAAAUGCAGAAGCUCAAACUGCAACUACUCUUAUUCCUCUCAAUUUCAUCUUGUCACGUUGUUUUCUCUUUCACAGAUGGGUUGUUGCCAAAUGGGAACUUCGAGCAGGGCCCAAAGGCAUCAGAACUGAAGGGAUCCGUAGUGACUAGCCACGAUGCGAUUCCGAACUGGACCAUAUCGGGGAUGGUUGAGUACAUAAAAUCAGGACAGAAACAGGGUGACAUGUUGCUGGUUGUGCCUGAGGGUGACUAUGCAGUUAGACUCGGCAAUGAAGCUUCCAUCAAGCAGAAGGUGAAACUGAUCAAGGGGUUGUUCUACUCCAUCACGUUCGGUGCUGCUAGAACCUGUGCACAAGAGGAAAAACUCAAUGUGUCUGUGGUACCAACCACUGAGAAGAGAGACUGGGGAAUCAUUCCCAUUCAGACUAUGUAUGGUAGCAAUGGUUGGGAGUCUUUCACUUGUGGGUUCAGAGCAGAUUUCCCAGAAGGUGAAAUCGUCAUCCAUAACCCUGGCAAAGAAGAGGACCCUGCUUGUGGUCCACUCAUCGAUUCCGUUGCCCUCAAGGUUUUGUACCCACCCAAAAGAACCAGAGCUAAUUUGCUGAAAAAUGGAAACUUUGAAGAAGGGCCAUAUCUGUUUCCUAACUCGUCUUGGGGGGCAUUGAUCCCACCCCAUGUUGAGGAUGCUCACAGUCCUUUGCCAGGAUGGAUAGUGGAGUCUCUUAAGGCUGUGAAGUACAUUGAUUCAGAUCACUUUGCUGUGCCCGAGGGAAAAAGAGCCAUUGAACUUGUUGCAGGGAAAGAGAGUGCCCUUGCACAGGUUGUGAUCACUACAGUUGGAAAGGUCUAUGACCUUACUUUCGCUGUGGGCGAUGCCAACAAUGCAUGUGAAGGUUCCAUGAUGGUAGAAGCAUUUGCUGGCACAGACACUGUCCAAGUUCCAUAUCAGUCCAAGGGUAAAGGAGGUUCUGUGAGAGGAAAACUUCGGUUCAAGGCUGUGUCAACUCGGACACGUCUUAGGUUCCUAAGCACCUUUUACACCAUGAAGAGUGAUAACUCUGGCUCGCUCUGUGGACCCGUCAUAGAUGAUGUAAAGUUGCUUAGUGUUCGUUAUCCCACACAUGCUUGAUCAUCAAAUUUCUACACCUAAUACGAUCAAAACACAUGUGCUUGAUUCUUGUAGUUAAGCUUGUAUACUACAGGAUUCUCGUAAUAAUGGUAGGGUGAGCAUUGAUGGGUGUGUGAGUUUACCAAGUCUCCUAUAUUCAUGUAUCUAUUUUUCCCUCAAAAUCAUAUGCACUGAUGACAGAGAGUUCUUUCCAUUAAUGGAACUCAAAUUCAA